AUGCCUCGUGUCGUUAGCCGAGCUUCUAGCUCCGCCGCGGGUUACGACCCGUAUGCGUGGGUGGUUUCCGACCUCAGGAACUCUCCCAAUCAGAUGGGUGAGGAGGAGCUCACGGAAUUUCGCCCGGCCGAGUAUCUUUGUGGGGGUACCGACGAGGAGGCGAACUAUGAUGUUUAUGUCCCCGCCCCUCACGAGCGGCUUUAUGAGAUUAAUUUUAAUGCCCCUCGGGUUGCCGAUUGGAUCUGGUUUUACAAGGCCAUGUUCACCCAGGUUGGGGUUCGCAUCCCCUUUUUCCCCUUUCAGAUGAGUCUCCUAAACCGAAUUUCGGUGGCACCAUCUCAAUUACAUCCGAACAGCUGGGCAUCCAUCCGCUGCUUCGAGAUGGGGAAACACAAGAAAGGGUUCAUGUCCUUUCGGUCUGCCCAAGGCCGGAGGAUCUUUGGUUUGUUCGAGGACUCCUACCACGAGUUCAAGGACAAGUAUUUUAAGGUCCGCCCGGUCAAGGGUCGUCACCCUUUUUGGUUGUCUUUGGAAAAGGAGCGCCUCAUCCCGACGUAUUGGAGUUUCAGGGCGGGGUCUAAUCCUUUUAUCAAGGUUACUUAUAAAGGGAUGUCGACUGUGGAUCGGCGGAUAGCCGACAUAUUGUGGGCGGUUCUUGGGAGAAACAAUGUGAAUCCUCACCUCCUCAUGGGUAAUCGGGAGGCCGCCCGAGAUUAUAUCCUGGGGCUUUCUGCCGAAGUGACCGGCAUGGAUAACUUGUAUCAAACCUUCCUCCAGGAUGACGAGGGUGAAAAGACUGGAGGACAGCAGGCGAUGAAGCACCGUCGCGCAGCUCGGUUCCAUCGUCGCCGGGCUCGCCUCCUUUUUCUGUCGAGCAGAUCUGUUCUAUCGUCGCCGGCGCUAUCUCUGUUCCACCUGUCAUCCCUUCGGUCGUGCCCUUGUCCCCCUCUUGCUCAGGAUCUGCUCUGCUCUGUUCUAGGGCUUCUAGCUUCUAGAGACUGGUUUCACCGUACCAUUCAUUCCACCAUUAGAAUUGAUGGUUCUGGCUUCAUUCUUGUCCAUGUUAAUGAUCUUGAGCUCCAUAAAGAACUCUUUGCUUGCCAAAACAGCACUCUCAGCAAUGGAGAUGGUUAUACCUUGAUGAAUGAGAAUGGAUCCAUGUAUAGAACUCAAAAUGCUAAAAGUAGUGAUGUGUGUUGUGAGAGAGUGUUUGGGCAGGAUCAGUUGGCAAUGCUGGGUGAAGAGCAUCCAACUGGAGUUCUUGUUAGAAGGUUAGAUUUUUGGCUUAACUAUGUUGCAUACUUCUGUGGAGGUACAAUUGGUCUUGUCUACAGCAACAAUCUUGGACAGAUAGCACAAUCUUUAUACAUGAGCUCAAGUACUUCAACACUUGUUACACUAUACUCAUCUUUCUCCUUUUUUGGCCGUUUGCUUUCAGCAGCACCAGACUAUAUUAGAAAUAAGUUCUACUCUGCAAGGACUGGAUGGCUAACCAUUGCGCUUAUGCCAACCCCAAUUGCGUUCAUCUUGCUUGCUUCACCAGAAAGUGCUGUAGCACUUCAUGCAGGCACUGCAAUAAUUGGCUUAAGCUCUGGAUUCAUAUUUGCAGCCGCGGUGUCAGUUACAUCAGAACUCUUUGGACCUAACAGUGUGAGCGUUAAUCACAACAUCCUCGUAACAAACAUCCCAAUUGGGUCACUUCUCUAUGGUUUUCUUGCUGCUCUGGUGUAUGAUUCUAAUGCUUACUCAAUACCAGGGAACUCAUUGUCUGAAACAUUGGUAUGCAUGGGAAGGAAAUGCUAUUUCUGGACAUUUGUAUCGUGGGGAUGCUUAUCUGUUGUGGGACUAGUUUCUAGUCUGCUCUUGUUCUUGAGAACCAAACAUGCUUAUGAUCAUUUUGAGAGACACCGAAUUUCAACACAAACACCAAUUGUUUCUUAACUCUUAGCAUUGUAUUGAAAUGAUCACCAUAGGAUUGUAUAUAGCAAUCAUAGCAGAAACUUGACAUAUCUUAUAUAGGCUAUGAUAUGAGAUAUUUAGAUCUAUAUACAAAGCCAGAUGAUAAGUAGAAACCAAAUUUGUAAUUUUUUAGGGCCUAUUGUUUCUUGGUAAGAGCAAAAAGACAAGCUUCAUUGAUUUUAUGACUUUAACCAAGACCUUUUGGCUUUUACUAUUUCAAGUCCUUUUGCUAUUACCUCAAAUUCUGGUUAAUCACCUGUUGUUAGUUGCUAAGGUCGCAGCAGAAACAGAAUCAUCAUGACUGUCUUAGAAUCCUUAGAAGCCUAAUGAAGAAGUACCUCUGGCAUGCGUCUAUCGCAGCAAAUAUGAAAAAAGAAAGAAAAUUAAAGUUUCAUUGUUUUAUGUAUCAGUGAAGAUGCCAAUGUUAAUGUGUAUGAACUGCCAGUUCUCUUUUUGAUUGCUGAAACUAUUGUUGCUUCUUUUUUAUUGGCUGCAAAAAUAAUCAUCAUACAGAAGUUAUGUAUUCCAAGAUGGAAGCCAUAGUGUGAGACAAGAUGUUACAGUUAUGAGAACAAUAUAUGAAUUGAUACAUUUUUGAAUUUGUACUAUGAUCAU